CAGUGAGCUAGGCGCGCCGGGAGCUGUGCGGCGCUCGGCCAGCAGGUGCUACAGGAGCCAACGGGCACGCAGUGUGCAGCAGCUGUCCCCAGUGACAGCAUAGCCGCGACGACGAGCAGAACAAAGCGACGAGCGGCGGGAGACUCGUCUCAACACGAACAUGACGACGAGUGAUGGUGAGAGCGUGAGCGACCGGACCAGGCUGCUGGGGCGCCUCCACGAUAGCGAUUACGAGGCGUGUGCGAAGCGCGAGCCACCGCCGGACGCCGGGCCGUCCGACGCUACCGGCUCGUCCCCGUCGUUUAGUCGCGAGCAGAAGGUGCUGCUGGCCUGCCUGUGCUCCGGCAGUCUGAUGGGCGGCUGUCUGGUGGCCCUGAUGAUCCCGUUCUUCCCGCUGGAGGCACGCGAGCGCGGCGUCUCGCAGACGGUGACAGGCGCCGUGUUCAGCUGCUUCGCGCUGACACAGCUGGUGGUGUAUCCGCUGACGGGCCGCCUGGUGCCUCGCGUCGGAGCCAGCCGCAGCUACAGCCUCGGCCUGGCGCUGGCCGGCGUCUCGACCGUGGCGUUUGGCGUGCUGCCGAUGAUCGGCGACACGCGCGCCUUCAUCGCCGCCUGCUUCGUGACGCGCGUGGUGGAGGCGGUGGCGAUCAGCGCGCUCAACACGGCCGCGCUCACCGUCGUCGCCAACAAGUUCCUGGAGCGCACCAACACGGCCGUCGGCAUCACUGAGACGAUGACGGGCGUCGGCAUCUCGCUCGGUCCGGCCAUCGGCGGCGGCCUGUACCAGCUGGGCGGCUAUGGGCUGCCGUUCUACGUGCUCGGCGUGCUGAUGCUGACGUGCGCUGGACUCACGGCGCUGCUCAUGCCGUCCGUGUGCAAGCCGGUGCGGCAGACGGGCCGGCUCUGGCCCAUGCUGCGCGUGUUGGUCGGCUCCGCCGAGGUCUGGCUGUGCUGCGUGAUGCUGCUGACCGUCUCCAUGAACUGGACGGCCAUCGACCCGAGCAUCGAGCCGUACGUGUUCGUCGCAAUCGGCAUCACGCCCGCGCAGCUGGGGCUCUACUUCCUGGUGGCCACCGGCGCCUUCACCGUCUUCUGCGCGGCCUGGGGGCGGGUGCACGACUCCCUGCACAACACUUACGCGCUGACGACGCCUUGCUUGGUGGGCGCGGCACUCGGGCUGCUGCUGCUGGCGCCGUCACCGCUGCUGUACGGUCUGCACCCCUCCUGGUGGCUGCUCGGAGUCGGCCUGACCGUUAAGGAAAUCUCGCAGGGCGGAACCUUCAUCCCGCUUUUCAACAAGAUCUUCAAGGCCUGCCUGGCGGGCGGACUCGAAAAUACGGUUGUUACACAGUCGUUCGUGUCCAGCGUAUUUUGGACGGUGUUCUCAGUGGGCAAUGUGGUGGGGCCCACUGCGGGUGGCAUGAUCAUCGACGCAUCAAGCUUUCCGGUGAUGACAACAGCGCUGGCCGGCUGGACGCUGUUGGUUGCCACAGCGUCGGCCAUCCAGGCGUUCAGGGUGUACUUCGAGUCUCGUUCCCCCCGCUGCUCAAUCGCAAUGCCCAAUAGGUCGGAGUGAAGCCUCAAUGGUCCGAAUAUGGAGCAAAAUCUUCCAAGAGCGGGAAACGACAGGCCACUGAUCUUUAAACUGAAGGCUUCGCAUGACAUUCGUAAACAAUUGAAGGUCCUCGUGGUCCUUGCCCGUAUCGUGUUAUCAACACCACUGUCCUGAGUGUUGUCAGGAGCAGAGCUCCAGUUUCGGAUCUCGUCGCAUCGAGAAGUGUCGUAGAUAACUGAAAUGCGUGCUCUGUGAAGCUCGGAAGUGCGCUUUGUAGUAUAUCGUUACACGAGAUAACUUCUCGAACAAUUGGUCUCUCUCUCUCUCUCUCUCUCUCUCUCUCUCUCUCUCU